GGAGGAGGACUGCUUUUCUUCUCAAGAAGCAGGAGGUCUUGCAUGUGUAAUAACUUCAUCUGGCUUUCUUUAAAAGCACCCCUUGUUCACAUGUACUGCAGAGCAACCAAUGUUUAAGUGAUCCUUUGAAAUACUUAGAAAUACAUUCAACACCUUUCUGCUUUUGCCUGUGUUAGGAAGAGGGAAAGCAUUAAACAAGGAAGCUGAAGAGAAGAAUUGCCUGUUUCUUUCCAAGGGAACUACAUAUGAAUAUAGCUGGUCUGUUGGAACACUUAGCAGUAAUUCUGAGUGCACAUGGAAACUACCUUCUUUGGUCCUGCUGCUCAUCUUACAGAGAAAACAGGCUCCCUGGGAUGAUUGUUUCAUCAAGCACUUUUUCGACCCUGUAUUUUUCCUGAUGAGCAUGGGAUUAACUCACAAAAAAAUAGCAGGACCCCUCAUCUGUUGCUGACAUGCCUGACUCUUCAGUGAGCUCUGAUCUUCUGACCUCUAUCGUGAGGUUUCUGAGAGGUUUCUAUCUGCAUACUUGCAUAGUAUAAUUUUGACUGUGCUGGGUUUGGGCUUUGUUUUUAUCCCCAAUCUGGCCUAGCAAAACACCUCACUGCCACGUUUCAGCAUCCUAAGAUGUGCUGUUGACAAGCCCAGAGCAUUUUGCGGUGGUUUUUCCUGCUCUGUUCUUCUGAUGAAAGUAUAAAUAGAAUAUGAACAAAGAAUUAGUAAGUUCUGGGUUCCUUUGAAAAUUUUGGAAUGAAUCCUCUUUUUUGGCAUACUAUUCUCCUUAGUACCUCAAGAGAAUUUAUCUGGUAGAGAAGUCUUAGUUUUAGAGCUAAACUUUUUCUCCAAUCUAUAUCUAAUGGGUAGGUAUGGGAUUGUAAAUAGAAAUGCUGCUUAUAGAAUUCUUGACAAAAUAAAGUUCAGAAACCUUUGUGGCAUUGUUGAUACAAGAGGAGAGCUUGAUCUACAUUGUCAAUAUACUUAAAUUGAAAAUGAAAUGCUUUUGGGUUGUCGUAGGAAUGACUCUGGAGUAACCCACAUACACAGAGAAGGGCAGCUAGUGUGAAAAAUAAGGUUUAAUUAAAUAAUGGAAGCAACUAUGCUCUUGGUGAGAGAGACCAUAACAAACACUCUGGUUUCUCCUCAGUCUGAUUUUCUGCAUUAAAUGUUUGGUGGGUCGUAGCCUUGAAUUAACAGUAAAGAUUGCACCCUGGCACAAAGGUAUAUCAGCAGUGUAUCUAUUAGUGCUGUUAUGUUUUAAUGACAUCUGCACCUCCGUUGCCUAGGAGAGCACUGAAAAACCCACACUGCAAGUGCUAACCCUUAAGUUAUGUGAGGAAGAAUACUGAUUCUUUCAUUCUAUCUACUGUUGAAAAUAAACUCAUGAAAUUGCCCCACUCAGGGGCUGCCUUAUGCUGAGAAACACACCUAAAAAUGCCUUUUCCAACACGUUACACAAAUUAUUUUUCUCGUAUUCUGUUGGCAUUCUUUUUGUUUUCUGCCUUCCUUGGAUUGGGUGCUUCCACCUACUUAGUGGAAGAAGUUCUGUUUAUUGAAUGCAUGCCACAGUUGGGUAGCAAUGUAACCUGUUGCUGUCCUUCCCCUGCUUGUCAACACCACCAGUGGAGGUUGACUUGAGACCUGCUCCCACGUGAUCUUCGUCACGUAGAUGACUUCUAGAGUGACUUUGGGAGAGGAGAUCUUUGUAAGAAUGAGCUCUCUGAGUUUUUGUGUAGUACUAUUGAAACAAUUCAGUUGCUAUGCAGUUUUGCUGUUUUUCUGUCUGAAAAGAGAAUGCAAAUAGUGGAGGGCCUGAGAAGGGGUCGGCUCCCAAGUCCUCGAAAUUCCAGGCACUUAGUAAUAGGAGACUGGGAUCCCUUCUUCCUGCUACUUGAGCAUGGUGAACGAGGGCUUGGUUUCUGCCCAGGGGUGCUUGGGUUAUUAGGAGCUGCCCUGCGGACGGAUGGAGAAAGAGAGGGUGGUGUUGCCAGGCAGAGCACAGGGAGGAGGGGAGCCGGGCAAGAGGAAACGAAAGGGAGAGGCUGAGCAAACGGAGGAUCCAGCCUGAGCAAAGGGAGGAUCCAGUGGGUGCUACAGAGCCAUGGCCCAGCCCAGAGCCUUUCAGGAGCAGGACUGUUUGCGGGAGGUGACGCUCUCUACCCAAAGGCUGCGGGUGCUGCCUCCAGCAGUCCUCAGUAAUCCUGCUCUGGAAAGCCUUGACCUCGACAGGAACAAACUCAGGAGCAUCACCGGCAUUUCCAAACUUGGCAACCUGAAGAAGCUCAUCGUAUCCAAGAACGAGAUUGUGGACUUUCCCAAUGAAAUCCAGAGCCUGGUCUAUUUAGAGAAGCUUGAACUGAAUCAGAACCAGAUCCGAGUCAUCCCAGAGGGCAUCUUCUGCCAUCUCCCCAGGCUUAAACACUUGCGGCUCAACAACAACCGCCUUGGUGCUCUUCCCAGGGACCUGGCAGCUUGUCGAGACAGCCUGCAGUACCUCAACAUCUCCAACAACCUGUUCCGAACCUUCCCCCAGCCUGUCCUGCAGCUGGCGAACCUACAGGAGCUCCAUGUGCAGAACAAUGCCCUUCGCCAGCUCCCCAGGGAGCUCUUCCAGGGACAAUCCCUGAAAAUGUUCAAGGCCAACGGGAACCCGCUCAGGGAGCCACCCAGUGAGGUCUGUGCUGGUGGCAUCCAGCAGAUCCUGAAUUAUUUCAGCCAGCUUCAACACGGUUCAGGGCAGGAGGACAAGAGGAUCAAGACCAUGUUCCUGGGUGCCUCGCUGGCUGGGAAAUCUACCAUCUGCAGAAGCCUGAAGCAGAGGCAAGCCAAACUGGUGCCCAAGGAAGAGCGAACAGUUGGCAUAGAAAUCAGUGAGUUCAGGCUUGAAGACUUCACCUUUCUCUUCUGGGACUUUGCUGGCCAGCUGGAGUAUUACAUGACGCACCACGUGUUCAUCACACCACAGGCACUCGUCAUCCUUGUCAUCAACCUCCACAUGUACCAGACUAAUGAUGAUGCUUUCAAGGACCUUGUUGGCUUCUGGAUCAACAACCUGUUCAUGCGAGUCCCAAACUCUGUGGUGCUUCCUGUGGGAACCCAUGUGGACUGCUGUCAGAAGCAAGAGGUGGAGGAGAAGAGGUCCAACAUCAUGGCCAAGAUUGCGGCCAUGCUGGCGGAGAGGAAGAGCAACCUCACUCACUUCAUCAACAAUCUGGAGGACAGUGAGGAACCUGAGGUUUAUGUGGACCAGUGGGAGAGGCUGAAGGAGAUGGAGAGUUGCACAUUAACUAUCUUAGAUCUGGUUGCUGUCAACUGCAGAGAUCACCGUGACAUCAAAAAGCUUGAAGCCACAAUUCUGGCUUAUGUGAAGAAUGAGGAGCUAUUCCCUGAGGUUGUCCGUGUGCUGCCGCCCGUCUACCGGGAGGUAGAAGCUGCCAUUGUGGACAUCAUCCAGAGUGAGGAGAUGGCAGACCAUGGCAUGAUGGACCUCCAGUACCUGCUCAGCGAACUCUCCCAGCGAGAGCACCUGGCCAACCUGGACAGAGAGCUCCUUCAGGAUAUCCUGCGCUACCUCCACCGCAUUGGCCUUCUCGUGUGGUACGAAGAAAUCAAGCACCUGGAAAGCACUGUCUUUCUGCAGCCCACCUUCCUAAUUACUACAUUCAAGCUCCUUGUGAGGGACCGCCUGGUCCAGCAGCUGGAGAGCAUCUCUGUGGAGGUGCUGAUUGCGGAACAUGCCACCAUCAGGGACAGGUCCAACUGGGUGUGGGCCUUCAAGUCAAAGGCAAUGCUAUGCCACCAGGCAGUGCGUGCUUUGGUGAAGUACCAGCUCUUUUCGGAAGGGAUGCAGGACAUCUUUGAGGAGAUCAUGGGGGACAGGACCCGCAGGGGGAAAGGGAAGCUCUUCAGCCUCCUGGAGCACUUCGAGCUCUGCCUGGAGGUGAGGCAAGCCAAAGCACUCAAUCCUCAGGCCAGUGAGUUUGUGCCCGGGAAGACAUGGGAGACAACACAGGACCAAAGUGAGUCCUGGUACUUGUUCCCAACCUACCUAAACCAGACUGAAGAGGUUGCUGAGGUGUGGGGAGGAGAUCACCAUGAGGACCUCCACAUCCGUACCUACUUCUCACCUGAGAUACCUGAGGGCUUCUUCCACAGGUUCCUUGUGAAAGCUUGCUCCUUCUACUCCACGCAUUGGGUGGCCAAGGCAACCUGCCUGCUCAUAUGCAAUGGCAAACCUCUGCUGAUUAAAGAGAACAACCAGCGGGCAUACAGCUACCUGGAGCUGAGAUGCAGGAAGCCAGCAGGAGCAACAGCAUUCCAGCUUGCUUGGGACUUCCUCGUGGCGGGUGUGUUUAUCAUCCAGAAGCUCUCUGAAGAGUGGCCAGGGCUGCAUGUAUGUGUGAAGACCCCUUGUCGCACGGCCGGAUGUCCCGCAGAGCUCAUCUGGCCAGAUAUGGAUGGCAAAACCCCCAUGACAAAGGAAGAUGUUAAAACCUGUGGAACAUGUGGGCAUCGGUUUGGUGUAGAGCUGCUCUUACCCAAAGUGCCUGGGCAGCCAGAAGCACCCCCAGCACAGCCCCCUGUCCACUACUAUGUGACCAGCUACGGCACCACUACCUUUGGGCCCAGCAGCAUCCAUGUCACCCGGCAGAACAUCACCAGUGAAUGACUGCAGGCCAGGAGGGAGGAAAGCUCGAAUGGAAGACAAAAGAAUUGUUUUUAAGCUGAAGUCAAGCUCUCCUCAGCACACUGAGCUUACAAGUACUGCUUACAUCCUUACUGCAGGGCAAUAAAUCCAUAAAUGAA